AUGGACCAGGUUUCAACGCUCACCAUGAAUUUCCACCUAUUCAUCCAAGAUAUGCGGCUAUUUUAUGGACAUAUUCUUGUUGUCCAAAUCUUCGAGGAACACGUCUGGUGGACUCUAUCCCUUGACCUUGAUCCCUUCAUCGGAAACCGCAAUGGCCGCCUCACCUGGGGCUAUGAGGACUAUUCUAGGGAGGCCAGGAACAUCCAGCUGAUAAAGGACCCCAACGGUUUGACCCCUGUCCUCACUGCAACACUUAAAGACCGUGAGGGGAAUGAUAGGGAUAGCGGGAUCAAUCUGGCUCAGUGCAUCGGCAUCCACAACAAUGCCCUUGUUUGCAGACCCGACCAGCGAUACUGGACGGAACCGGUGAGGAACGACCUUCGGGGGAUCACUCAUUUUCGCUUCAUGCUCUAA